AUGCUUUAUAUCUAUUUUUUACGCUAUUUUUUUUCUUAUAAUACACCAGAAGAGACGGAUAAUGAUGAUUUUAUAAGAUUAUAUGUAAAAGAUAAUUCUGAUAUCCAAACGGCUUUUGUUUUUUGCACAGCUAUAAAUAAAGCUCUAUACUAUAAAAAACUUCUAAAAAAAUUAAGUUUACGCAUGUAUUUCCUUAAUAUAAUUAAAAUAUCUCAUGAAAUCGAUAACGAUGAAUGUCUGCUUAUGUUUAUGAAAAGAUUUGAAGAACUUAAAGGAUGGUUACUAUUCCAUAAAAAAUUUAAUUUUAUUCAUUCGUAUAGUAAUUAUGUAGAACUGUACAAAAAAAGAUUUAUUUAUAAUUAUAUUAAGCUUGAAUUACGAAAAGUUCCAUUGAUAGAAAUGAUGUCUUUUGUACAGUUUUGUGAAUCUUUUAAUUUAGAUGAAAUAGAUGAUUUUAGAUGCAAAAACAUGCUGAAUUUUUAUAUUACUCAAAUAGCUAAUUCUGUAAACAUAUAUUCUAAAUUUUUUUAUGAACUAAGAGUAGUUUAUUUUUGUUUUUUAUUAUAA